AUGCAACAUGUCUCGCUAUUCAGACGUGUCCCACCAUGUAGACGUGUCCCACCCUGUAGACGUGUCCCACCAUGUAGACGUGUCCCACCAUGUAGACGUGUCCCACCAUGUAAACGUGUCCCACUAUGUAAACGUGUCCCACCAUGUAGACGUGUCCCACCAUGUAGACGUGUCCCACCCUGUAAACGUGUCCCACCCUGUAAACGUGUCCCACCAUGUAGACGUGUCCCACCAUGUAAACGUGUCCCACCCUGUAAACGUGUCCCACCAUGUAGACGUGUCCCACUAUGCAGACGUGUCCCACCAUGUAGACGUGUCCCACCAUGUAAACGUGUCCCACCAUGUAGACGUGUCCCACCCUGUAAACGUGUCCCACCAUGUAGACGUGUCCCACUAUGUAAACGUGUCCCACCAUGUAAACGUGUCCCACCAUGUAGACGUGUCCCACCCUGUAAACGUGUCCCACCAUGUAGACGUGUCCCACCAUGUAAACGUGUCCCACCAUGUAGACGUGUCCCACCCUGUAAACGUGUCCCACCAUGUAGACGUGUCCCACCAUGUAGACGUGUCCCACUAUGUAAACGUGUCCCACCAUGUAGACGUGUCCCACUAUGCAGACGUGUCCCACCAUGUAAAUGUGUCCCACUAUGUAAACGUGUCCCACCAUGUAGACGUGUCCCACCAUGUAAACGUGUCCCACCAUGUAGACAUGUCCCACCCUGUAAACGUGUCCCACCAUGUAGACGUGUCCCACCAUGUAAACGUGUCCCACCCUGUAAACGUGUCCCACCAUGCAGACGUGUCCCACCAUGUAAACGUGUCCCACUAUGUAAACGUGUCCCACCAUGUAGAAGUGUCCCACCAUGUAAACGUGUCCCACCAUGUAAACGUGUCCCACCAUGUAAACGUGUCCCACCAUGUAGAAGUGUCCCACCAUGUAAACGUGUCCCAUUAUGUAAAUGUGUCCCACCAUGUAAAUGUGUCCCACCAUGUAAACGUGUCCCACCAUGUAAACGUGUCCCACCAUGUAGACGUGUCCCACCAUGUAAACGUGUCCCGUCCUGUAGACAUUUAUGCAGAUGUGUCCCACCAUGUAGACAUGUGCCACUAUAUGUUUUGUAAGUAGGAAAACCUGCAAAAUCGGCAGUGUAUCAAAUUCUUGUUCUCCCCAAAGUAUUUCCUUCAUCGAGACCCAAUGUGUGAUUUACUGUAGGUGUUCCCUUAGUUUUUUUGAGCCGUGUGUAUUGUAAGGUGAAUUAUGAGUGCAGUACUUAACAU